CUUUCGGAUUUUAAAAUUAGACCGAGAUGGAGGUCGGUCGCGUCAAAGAAAUGCUCGAUCUGUGCUGUGAAAUCCAAGAUCUAACACAAUAACAAUUCUUUUUUGCAAAAAUUCAAAUGCCUAAAAGUAAAGCUUUUGCAAGACGAGGAGUAUUUGUAUUUCAAUACAAACGAAACCAAAAAAUCCAUUCUAAAUUACGAUGACCAUCUUGAUCUUCGCCGAAAUUCUUUGUAAUGAUUGCAAACAGGUUGUGGAGAGCGAAUUUUAGCCUGUAGUUUUGACGACUUUACCACUUCCUACUCCAAGCUCGUCCAGCAAGAGACCGUCAAAAGUUAAAUUUUUUCGAUAUUUUUUACUUCGGCACAUUCAUAGCUAUGCGUAGGGAAGUAACGUCGUAGGCCACUUGGAGCACGAGCAAUCAGUACAGCACCGGGUUUGCCGCGGUCUGUACGCUCAAAGUUUCCUUUUAGUCAGAGUAAACGUUGUUUGCGGGCUGAGGUUGAUAGUUAUUCAGAGUUUGAACCCCUAAGCGCCCCGACCUCAAACAAUAACGUUUUUCACGGCUCCUGGUACUUACAGCAAUUUACCGAUAGCCGCGGCGUGUUUGUGUUUUAGCGUGAAACGAUAUACAGCAACCUUCAACAAACCUCCAAUAAUCAUCUUCUUACACUUACUCUGAUUUAAAUCCUUGAAUACUCUCGAUUAGAAAUCGCGGAGAAUAAUAAAAACAAAGAGUCGAUCCAGCAGCCGUAAUUAUUUUUAAUCUCCGGGCCAGCAGACGAAUUUGAGAAGACAGCAGGGCGGAUUGACGACCGCCCGAUCCCGGAGGAAGAUCGACGACUUCGCUGCUGUAGCAGGGACGUGGUUGAAGUACUAGAGCCUUAAAAGUCAUCUCCUCGUUCCGCCCAAGAUGUCGGUGAUGGAUUUCCGAGACGAGGUGAUCCAGCUGACUCCGUCAGGCGUGAAGUACAAGGUGUGCGGCAGGCUAGGGCGCGGCGGCAGUGCAGACGUGUUUAAGGUGCAAUGCUUGUACAUCCCAGACGCGUUUAAGCAGACCCAGGCGCAGCGCGUGCAGGUGUUGGAGGAGCAGCUGCUGUCGAACGCCGGAAAACUGACCUACCUCACCCCGCCCUCGGGCGCCGGCUCCAGCACGGUCUCCGGCGGCAGCACCAGCGCCACCGGGGGGGCGCAGAAGCCGCAGCAGAUGCAAACCCUAGGGAUGGCCACGAGCAGCUCCAGCAGCUCGAUGCAGCCGCCCAUCCUGCCUGCGGUAUCCUUGAUAGCCAACGACAAGCACCCCGAGCUGUCGGGGACGGGCAGAAAUCAGAUCGUGAAGCGCAGGCUCUCCGACCUGGUGGAGGAGGGCAACGAGGACUACAACAACGUUUUCGACGAGAACGACAAUCCGAGCGGGUCCGACCUCAACACGGCCGCCGCCUUGCAAGCCCUGCGCGGCAGUGCGGAGGGCCGGGAAGGCUCGGCGCGGAGAAACAGCACUCGGUCGUCUGCGGCCGAGAUGGAACAAAAUAGUACAAGUAGCGGCACGGGCGGGGCGGGCAGCGGUUCCGGGGGUGCGCCCGGGAGUGGCGGCCAUCCGAGGUCGCGGUCCGGCGAAGUCGUGCAGUACAGCACAUAUCAAACAAAAAAAGUUCGUCACGAUCACUCAUGCGCAUUUUUGCAAUGCAAAACUCUCCGUCAUGCGUAAAAAUGCAUCACAGCCAAACUUCAUAAGGGAUUUCCCUAGUGUUUCUGCAAUACAAAGAAAAGCUGUCGUGAUGCUGAAAAAAUUUGUAAUGCAAAACCUGCAAGGUAGUGACUGUGACAAACUUUUUUCUCUCCAUAGCACGCCCGGAUCCUACAGUGGACUCAACCAGGUGGGCGAGGAAGUGGUGUCUAUCAAAAGGAAAAAUCCCCCCUCCCCACAUCAAAACGAAAUUUCUGAUGCUGGAUUUGAGUACACAAAUCAGGUUUGUAUUGCAGGAAAGCAUUGCAGUCAGGUCCCCAGGCUAGGUAGGGGCGUAUGCGUUUAGUUGUUCAGCAUGGCAAGCAGCUCCCUUCUAGGCCCAAGAGCAUGACAAAUCGCUUCCAUAGUGGGGCGGAAGCUUCUGCCCUUGUCUUCUUGCAAUACAAAUGCGAUUUUCGACCUCAAAUCACCUCCAGGGCUACGUGCGACCCCUCCGACGCUGCGUGUGGAAGGAGGAAGUUCGGCGUGUCGGGUGAGGGACCCCCGACGGCUGGCCUACGGAUAUCAGGUGGAUCACAGGCUCAAAUCAGCAACACAAAUUUUCGGAAACAUACCUUUUCGAUAUGGGGAGGGGGGAUUUUUGCUUUUGAUAGUCUCCAACCCGAGGUCGCGGUCCAACUCCCCGGAUGCGCGCCCGCGACAACCGGCCGAGGCACAGACGAUCCAGAGCGCGGAGGGGAUUGCGACGCCGGACUGGUACCAGGCACCCGGAAGCAACGCGCAGUCUCUGGCCCCAAACGCCAUAGCAGGCAGUAUUAACGUGGCAACAUCGCUCGCACCCGGGUCGGGCCCGGGCAGCGGCAUGAACAAGACAAAUUCAAACAGCGACGCCGGGACGCAGAAAGAGGGCAGCGUGCACCCGGCUAUCUACGACCCGCAUUUGUUGGAGAACUACCAGAUUCCGAUGUUGGAGGAGGGCAAGUUUUACGCGUUGAAGUCCGUGAUGGCCCACAAUGCAGCGGAGUUCCAGGUCUUCCUGCGGGAGGUGGACCUGUUGCAGAAGCUGGCGGGGAACCCCUACGUCAUCCACUUACUCGAUGUCACCGUGUUGGAACAGGAUAGACAGGUAGUGAGUCAGGCUUAUUAUGUAAAAACUGAAUUGUGCGAGAACAAGUGCGCGCAAGGGGUGAAAAUUGUAUGCUUGAUGAAGAUUUUGUACGCAAACAAAUCAAAAAUGACUUGAAAACGAAUUGAAUCUGAAGUCUUCCAAAAUUACAACAGCUCUUCUUGGUACUCGAGCUUGCAGACACAGAUUUCGGGCGGUAUCUGACCCUGAACCAUAAUCUGACCGCGCAACAAAUAUUGGACUUCUGGGUGCAGAUGGUGAUCGCCGUCAGAACAAUGCACCGAGACCACGACGUCAUCCAUUUUGACUUGAAGCCAGCGAAUUUUUUGAUGGUACAAUUUUGAAUGUCAAUGUCUACGGUCUUCUUUAUUGAGAAUGUGUCAAAGCGAAUCCGAUUAAUCAUUAGCAAUACAGGGCAAUGUGCGUUUUCUCGCACACAGUGUGCGUUUUCUCGCACAUCAGUAGCAAAGAAAAGUAGCACAUAAAACGAAAACUUCUCAUAAUUGGUCACCACAGGUAAAUGGGCGGCUCAAGCUGGCGGAUUUCGGUCUUGCGCGGCAGCUGGGCGACGAGGCCACGCACGUCUCUAGGACAAACCGCGCGGGCACACUGAAAUACAUGGCCCCUGAGUGUAUCUAUCAGCCGCACGCGCAGAAGUUGCGACUGGGCAAGGAGUCGGACGUAUGGUCUCUGGGGAUUAUCCUGUGUCGAAUGAUUUACAACACAACACCGCACGCACACUUGCAGGACAACCACACAAGAAUGCUCAUCGCCAUUUCCGACACCAGAACAAAGAUCAAUCUGGUGGACUGCCCACGACUUUACCUUAGGGACGACGGAGUGACGGACCAGAAUAUGCGAGAGGUAUAAUGUCCGUGUUUGCUUUCACCAGACCAACGGCAACGAACUCAAACUAUUCAUUGUAGUGAUGAAAAUAACAAGGUCUUGUUCAUUUUCUGCAGUUGAAGUUGUAUACAACCAGGAUACUUGUUUGGCUGUGCAAAAUACCCUAGCAAACCGCAUUUUGUUUGCACAUGAUUUUUUGUAUGCCUUCCACUUUUCCACCCGAUCCCUCACUAGGUCCAUGAUUGGAUGAUGAACGUGGCCCGGGGGUGCCUGAUUUUCGAGCCGCACGCGCGGUUCAACUCUGAGGACCUGUACAUGAUCCUGAACCGCGCCAAGUUUCCGACCGUGGCCAUCAUCGCGAUGCUCCGCGACAAGACCGACCAGUACACGGUACUGGAUGCCAUUCCGGAGUCCGAGGGCGGUGUGUACGGGGCGAUGGGACCCUCGGCGAUCCCGCGGAAGCGGGACCCCCACUUUCGCGAGAAGGACGACGACGAGGGGACCAAGCAGUUCGGCCCCACCGGCAUGUUCGACGAUGCCAAAACCAUGCGGGCAUUACAAGAAUUAGCUGCUGAGUAUUGAAGAUUUUUGAUGUUUGUACGUUGCACCCAAGAACUCGUCUGUAGUUUUUCAUCAUCCAUGGCUUGCCAUCUUGCAUGUCGAGAUUCAUCUUCCAUGGACGACGCAUGAUCUUUGCUGUAUAUGAAUAUUAUCGACGUGAUUUUUCCCUGGACACCGACAUUGUUGAUAUUGUCACACACUACACAUCUACAGGGAUUUGGAUCUUGAGAAACAGGGUCUCCUGGAGGAUAUCGAAGAGGACGGGGAAUACGACAGCGACCUAUCAAAUGUAAAAAUGUCUGGGUCUGGAAACUUGUAAUGCUGAGUGACGUAGCAUGAGGAACCCACAAAUGACGGCCCAGCAUGACAAGUUUCUGAACUUCUAAGUGUUGCCUAUUCUGCAUGACAAAGUACGACUCUGCAUCACAGAAAAAAAAGGUUUUUGGGUAACGCGCAUGACAGACUUGAGAGUCCUGCUGGCCUAGCAUGACAAACCUUGCAUUUUUCCAGACCCAGACAUUUUUUGCAUUGGAUACGACCUGGAUACAGACGACGAGCUUCUGUCGGAGGAUAUGCAUUGCAAAAGUAUCGUACUAGUAUGAAUCGCAAUACAAAUUUUCCCAGAAGGAAAAAUGGAAUUUGUAAUGCUGAUUUCGCUAAGAAACANGACCGGUUCUUCCAUAUCAAAGUGAAAAAAGCCCCCACCCCAUAUCGGAAACAGAAGAUGCGCGAAUUUGUGAUGCUGUAUUUGAGUACACAAAUCAGGUUUGUAUUGCAGGAAAGCAUUGCAGUCAGGUCCCCAGGCUAGGUAGGGGCGUAUGCGUUUAGUUGUUCAGCAUGGCAAGCAGCUCCCUUCUAGGCCCAAGAGCAUGACAAAUCGCUUCCAUAGUGGGGCGGAAGCUUCUGCCCUUGUCUUCUUGCAAUACAAAUGCGAUUUUCGACCUCAAAUCACCUCCAGGGCUACGUGCGACCCCUCCGACGCUGCGUGUGGAAGGAGGAAGUUCGGCGUGUCGGGUGAGGGACCCCCGACGGCUGGCCUACGGAUAUCAGGUGGAUCACAGGCUCAAAUCAGCAACACAAAUUUUCGGAAACAUACCUUUUCGAUAUGGGGAGGGGGGAUUUUUGCUUUUGAUAGUCUCCAACCCGAGGUCGCGGUCCAACUCCCCGGAUGCGCGCCCGCGACAACCGGCCGAGGCACAGACGAUCCAGAGCGCGGAGGGGAUUGCGACGCCGGACUGGUACCAGGCACCCGGAAGCAACGCGCAGUCUCUGGCCCCAAACGCCAUAGCAGGCAGUAUUAACGUGGCAACAUCGCUCGCACCCGGGUCGGGCCCGGGCAGCGGCAUGAACAAGACAAAUUCAAACAGCGACGCCGGGACGCAGAAAGAGGGCAGCGUGCACCCGGCUAUCUACGACCCGCAUUUGUUGGAGAACUACCAGAUUCCGAUGUUGGAGGAGGGCAAGUUUUACGCGUUGAAGUCCGUGAUGGCCCACAAUGCAGCGGAGUUCCAGGUCUUCCUGCGGGAGGUGGACCUGUUGCAGAAGCUGGCGGGGAACCCCUACGUCAUCCACUUACUCGAUGUCACCGUGUUGGAACAGGAUAGACAGGUAGUGAGUCAGGCUUAUUAUGUAAAAACUGAAUUGUGCGAGAACAAGUGCGCGCAAGGGGUGAAAAUUGUAUGCUUGAUGAAGAUUUUGUACGCAAACAAAUCAAAAAUGACUUGAAAACGAAUUGAAUCUGAAGUCUUCCAAAAUUACAACAGCUCUUCUUGGUACUCGAGCUUGCAGACACAGAUUUCGGGCGGUAUCUGACCCUGAACCAUAAUCUGACCGCGCAACAAAUAUUGGACUUCUGGGUGCAGAUGGUGAUCGCCGUCAGAACAAUGCACCGAGACCACGACGUCAUCCAUUUUGACUUGAAGCCAGCGAAUUUUUUGAUGGUACAAUUUUGAAUGUCAAUGUCUACGGUCUUCUUUAUUGAGAAUGUGUCAAAGCGAAUCCGAUUAAUCAUUAGCAAUACAGGGCAAUGUGCGUUUUCUCGCACACAGUGUGCGUUUUCUCGCACAUCAGUAGCAAAGAAAAGUAGCACAUAAAACGAAAACUUCUCAUAAUUGGUCACCACAGGUAAAUGGGCGGCUCAAGCUGGCGGAUUUCGGUCUUGCGCGGCAGCUGGGCGACGAGGCCACGCACGUCUCUAGGACAAACCGCGCGGGCACACUGAAAUACAUGGCCCCUGAGUGUAUCUAUCAGCCGCACGCGCAGAAGUUGCGACUGGGCAAGGAGUCGGACGUAUGGUCUCUGGGGAUUAUCCUGUGUCGAAUGAUUUACAACACAACACCGCACGCACACUUGCAGGACAACCACACAAGAAUGCUCAUCGCCAUUUCCGACACCAGAACAAAGAUCAAUCUGGUGGACUGCCCACGACUUUACCUUAGGGACGACGGAGUGACGGACCAGAAUAUGCGAGAGGUAUAAUGUCCGUGUUUGCUUUCACCAGACCAACGGCAACGAACUCAAACUAUUCAUUGUAGUGAUGAAAAUAACAAGGUCUUGUUCAUUUUCUGCAGUUGAAGUUGUAUACAACCAGGAUACUUGUUUGGCUGUGCAAAAUACCCUAGCAAACCGCAUUUUGUUUGCACAUGAUUUUUUGUAUGCCUUCCACUUUUCCACCCGAUCCCUCACUAGGUCCAUGAUUGGAUGAUGAACGUGGCCCGGGGGUGCCUGAUUUUCGAGCCGCACGCGCGGUUCAACUCUGAGGACCUGUACAUGAUCCUGAACCGCGCCAAGUUUCCGACCGUGGCCAUCAUCGCGAUGCUCCGCGACAAGACCGACCAGUACACGGUACUGGAUGCCAUUCCGGAGUCCGAGGGCGGUGUGUACGGGGCGAUGGGACCCUCGGCGAUCCCGCGGAAGCGGGACCCCCACUUUCGCGAGAAGGACGACGACGAGGGGACCAAGCAGUUCGGCCCCACCGGCAUGUUCGACGAUGCCAAAACCAUGCGGGCAUUACAAGAAUUAGCUGCUGAGUAUUGAAGAUUUUUGAUGUUUGUACGUUGCACCCAAGAACUCGUCUGUAGUUUUUCAUCAUCCAUGGCUUGCCAUCUUGCAUGUCGAGAUUCAUCUUCCAUGGACGACGCAUGAUCUUUGCUGUAUAUGAAUAUUAUCGACGUGAUUUUUCCCUGGACACCGACAUUGUUGAUAUUGUCACACACUACACAUCUACAGGGAUUUGGAUCUUGAGAAACAGGGUCUCCUGGAGGAUAUCGAAGAGGACGGGGAAUACGACAGCGACCUAUCAAAUGUAAAAAUGUCUGGGUCUGGAAACUUGUAAUGCUGAGUGACGUAGCAUGAGGAACCCACAAAUGACGGCCCAGCAUGACAAGUUUCUGAACUUCUAAGUGUUGCCUAUUCUGCAUGACAAAGUACGACUCUGCAUCACAGAAAAAAAAGGUUUUUGGGUAACGCGCAUGACAGACUUGAGAGUCCUGCUGGCCUAGCAUGACAAACCUUGCAUUUUUCCAGACCCAGACAUUUUUUGCAUUGGAUACGACCUGGAUACAGACGACGAGCUUCUGUCGGAGGAUAUGCAUUGCAAAAGUAUCGUACUAGUAUGAAUCGCAAUACAAAUUUUCCCAGAAGGAAAAAUGGAAUUUGUAAUGCUGAUUUCGCUAAGAAACAAGAUUUGUCAUGCGUGGUUGCAAUUAGUACGAGUGCGAUACUUUUGCACAGGAUAGAGGAGGAAGAAAAGCGAAACUCAAGCUGUAUGACCAUCCUCAUUGUUCUCCUCUCUAUCAUCGUCGCAGGUCUCAUCGGCUGCAUCAUCGCCGCGGUCAUGCUGCAUCAGAAGAGAAUGCAGUCCUCCACGUAGUAAACUGUUGUACACAAUGACUUUCCUGGGGGUUACCUACCACGACAACCACAAGCGACACAAAAUAGAAGCAAGCACCUGUAGUUCUCAUGAGUCAUAAGUACAUACAUGAAUCCACAGCGAGUUACCUAAUCAUGUUCUUGUUCCAAUUAUGUUCCUUUCGUACGAGUAGUUGAGUUCCUAUCAUACAAUACGCCUUCGCACACGGUGCGAACUCCUUGUCUAAUCAUGAUAUAUUUACAUUCACUAGAUGCGAUCGCGCAUACAAGCCAGUGAACUGUUCUUUUUUCUGUUUGACGAUUGUGCUCUGACAUGUUUGGCUUUUUCAAAAUCUUUAUCAUCUUGACAAACGUGGUGGUGAAAAUAUUUAAGGCGAACUCAGGGCGGGCCUGUAAGGUCAUGCUCCUCCGUGAUGUUACUGUAUAAUGAAGCAAAGACCAAAGAGGUCGUGGGUUGCUACGAGUACAAUGUACAGCCUGCUGUCGAUCACAUUGCUAUGGUUUGAGUAUACGAUAUUUCUAUACAACUGAAUUUGUGUACAUGUUGGAGCAAAAUUCUUGUCUCUCUCCGGAGACGACGACGCGACUGACAAUAUUAGAUAAUAUUGAGCGAUUUUGUCACAAUCUGCUUCUGCGGCCAGAACCUUUUACUGGGACAGACAUAGAAGAUCGGGGAUUUUGUGACUUUUCCAGGUUGUCGCUACACGGUAUCUCACGACACGACGUUGCUGGCCAUUGAAAGGAAAAGAACGCUAUUCCCCGCACUGCUAGUCUCAUUUUGGUUCGCGUUCAAGCAACGAACGGAUGCUGCAGUUUCAACAGCAAGUUUUUACACGAGAAAAGACGGGCUGCGAUGGAAAAGAU